ACAGGUUCAUAUAAUUCAGGAUGAAUUUUGUUUAUACAACAAAAUCCAUCGGAAAGUGUUGUUUGUUAUAAUGCAUUGCACCAUUUGCUAUGAAACGGACGAAAAAUUAACGGCGAUUGAAGUCGAUUUAACCACACAACACCAUCUAUGCAACCGAUGUCUGACAGACCUAUUCACAGCGGAGUUCGAGAGUGAUAGCGAAGAUUCCGAUAUAAAUUUUGAGAUCAAACACGAUCCAACAUUAGAAAACGAAUUACAUGAAGAUCAAGAAUUGAUCGAAGGCGACGAGUCCUUCGACGAUGAUAUUAGCAUAAAGUCAGAAUCGCUAGCACUGCCCGAUGGUACCUAUUCUAACUCGAAUGUGACUCAAGAUGAUACCUCUGCGUUACUGGACGAAAAGCCUAGUGUAAUUUCUCUAGAAAGCUUGAAGGUUGAGUGCUCGUUUUGUGGCGAACGCAGUGUCAAUAGGAAAACUUUGGCGGAUCACAUGCGAGCAUGUCAUCCGGAGGAGAAAGUCAAUCGAUGCCUCAUUUGUCGAUUAUUUUUCAGAGGAGUUCAGCAGUACGAAGAACACAUUCGAGAUGAUCAUGGUGGGUUUAGUCAAAGAUGCGAUAUCUGCUUGGAAGGGUACGUACGAGAUGAACAGUGGAAGCAUAGGACUAACUGCUUGGGACGGUUGGUAUUUGAAUGCGUUGAAUGUGAAGAAAGGUUCAUAUCUAGAGAAGGAUUUGAGAAACAUGUUUCUAAUCAUCAGAACAGUGAGGAUCGCAAACGAUCUACAUAUAAGGAACGAAGAAUACAUGAACAUGUUUUCACCUGUGCAUUGUGUGAAGACGACAAAACCUAUGAAGAGAACAUCUAUUGGAAUCACGUUCAUGAAAUUCACGACGGCCAUCACUUGCGGUGUCCACAUUGUGCCAAAACGUUCCGCAAUCGGAAGCACUUGAUCGUACACACCGGAUCGCGAUGUAAAGUCAGCGCAACAGCUCGCCAAAAAUCUGCCGAAAUCAACGAACAUGAACCUUCCAAGUGCGACCUGUGCUCGAAAACGUUUCGUAACCGUGCGCUCUUGAAGAAUCACGUGGCCAAGAUCCACAAAGCCAAGGCGGCCGUUUGCGAUCUCUGUGGGUUGAGUUUUGCCAACAGGGCCCAGAUGCGAUACCAUCAGAAGAAGUCCCACACCGAACCUGCGGAAAAAUGUCCCCAUUGUACAAAACGGUUCCAUCUUGCGGCGGAUCUUCGACAGCACCUGACAACUCAUGAAAUGACAGGAAAAUUUGUCUGUGAAGAAUGCGGUCGAGUAUUCAAGCGGAAAGUCGGUCUCGAACUGCACGUCAAAUCGCACCAGAGAAAUAAUGGCCAGCUGAACCAACGAAUGGUCCCAGGAUCAACCGGAAGGCAUGCUUGUGAACUUUGCGAUCGCAGGUUCAAACACAAUUACAUUCUUGUAGCACACAUGAAAACGCACGAUCCGGAUCGAGUGUUGGAGAAGAAAUUCGCCUGUAAGGAAUGUGAUAAGAAAUUUGCAACUAGCGCGGGGUUAUAUUGUCAUCUGAAGGGCAAAUAUGUUCAUCAGAAGAUGACCUGCCCGGUGUGUAAUGCAAUUAUAAAAGGAAAGGAACGGUAUGCAGUGCAUUUAGCUGCACAUUCCGAUCAAAGCUAAAUCAAGUUGUGUUAUUACCGGAAAUAGUCAUGGGCGUAUCUAAUUAGGGUGGGUUGGGCUUGCGUCAUCUGCCCUGACCAAUACACGAUUUAUUAUCGCUACGAUAAUGAAUCGUGUAUUUGAAUUUCCCAAAGAUUGUCUCCAGCACAAAUAUUUUUGGAAUAAUUCCGUCAUGAUAGAUUUCUUGGGGAAGUUUUGAAAGUAAAAAAGAAAGUCUGAAAAAGAUCUUACCGAACAUUAUUCAAAGUUGAAAGUUUUUCAAACUUGCAACACAACUCAUGGAAGAAUGGUAGUCGAGAACUGUCAAAUCGUAUAAAAAAUGUUCAAAACCACAAUUAAUUUAAAGUAAGAUGAUAUAUCGAAAAAGUUACAAACAGAAGUAAAGUAGCACACCGGCACCAAUGGUUGUAAUGUAUCAGUAAAUUGAACAAUGGAAUAAAACGUACAUUUUUCGAUAAAACGA